AUGGCUCGUCACACAAACCGAUCGGUUCCCCAAGGAAGAAACGACAUGACUGAAGCAAUCCAAGCCAUGAAUGCAAUGGCCACAACAAUGGCCCAACAAGCUGUGAUCCAAGCUCAACGAGAUGCACAAAAGGAUCAGAGGGAUGAAGCAGCCAGUGCAACAAGAGCAUUGAAUGAAUUUCGUCGACAAGAUCCGCAUAAAUUCAAAAGGGAACACGACCCCGACAAUGCUGAUCUUUGGCUUCUAGAAAUCAAGAAGAUCUUCGAUAUCCUACACUGCCCUGACAAUGUGAAAGUAGAGUAUGCGACCUAUUUGAUGAUUUGUGAAGCUGAAUACUGGUGGCGAGGUGCGAAGAAAAUGAUGGAGAAAAAUCAUGAAGAGCUAACCUGGGAGGCUUUCAAGAAUAAGUUCCUAGAAAAAUACUUCCCAAAAAGUGAUAGGACUGAGAAGGAGGCCCAAUUUCUGAAGUUGUAUCAAGGGAAUCUCACGAUAGCAGUAUAUGCGGCAAAGUUCGAGUCCCUAACAAAGCACUUCCGCUAUUUCCUAAAUCAGAUAGAUGAAGAAUACAUGUGCGAGAGGUUUGAAAGCGGUCUCAGGCAUGAGAUUAAGGAAUUAGUGGGACCCUUGGAGAUACGCCAAUAUCAAGGGCAUCACGACCAACAGAAUAGGGGCAGACAGCAUCAACAACACAAGCCAUAUGAUCGACCACUAGGGAAUGCUAGAGAUCAACCUCGACCUCAAAACGUGGAAGGUCAAGGGCCAAAAACUCCAAGUCAGAACCAGGCGUACCAUAAACCAGACCAUUUUGCAAAUGAAUGCCCUGAACGGAAGGACGAUAAAGUUGUCAACUGCAACAAUAUCAACGACAAUGUUGUACGCCCUGCUGCCAAGAGACGUGUCUACCACAUCUGA